AUGCCUUCAGCGACCGAAAACGUUGGUGGUGAAGGAAGCAAGCUCGCUCAAGGCGGAAAUGGAGCAUCUCAAGGGUAUGUGUUGCAUGGAACCUCUUCAAAUAUUGACACGAUGAAUGAUCCUGAUCCGGAUUGUCUAAUGACCACACCUGCCUCAAGCCGUCAUAAUUCUCACUCCGCAUCAGACUCGAAUUACUGUCAAUGCCAAGGAGGUGCUGGCACAAGUGGCAACUGCGCUGGGAAUUCACGUGCUCCGCCUCUACGCCGCCCUGUUUCUCGCAGCCGUCUCCCUAGUAUUGCUAUGAUGCUAAAUGAUCCUCCAUCGGGCCACGAUUCCAUACAUCCAACAGGAAAUCACUUAUUGCCCAAAUCAAGAUUUGACAGUAAGAUGUCCAUUUCAAAUGCUUCAGACAGUACAAUCGUUCCGCCAAUUUCAAUACCAGAGCAGCGCUACUUCCUUUUGAACACCCUCUAUCAAAUAUGUCUAGAUGCAACCACAACUUACAUUCGUGCUCUCCCAGAUCCUUCUCGUACUGGCCUCCGGUAUGAACGUCGUCGGUCGUACUCUAACAGAUACCAUCCAUACCGAGGCAAGGGACGGGAAAGAGCGUACAAUGAUGACCGCUCAAAAACUCUCAUGGACAACAUCGAAGUAAUCAGCACAUAUCUCUGGAGAAAAGCGAGAAGAGAUGAGAUGGCACCUCAUCGAGCCGAGUCAGAUGCUGUUAUGGGCAUGAAAAAUCUUUACAAGUGGGGAGAAUAUUUGGUCGAUGGUCUGGAAGAAAGGGCACGGAAUGAAGAGGCGCGAACGACUGUUUCACAUGCGGCGAUGGCAUUGUGUGGCUGGUUGAGGGUAACGGAGGCUUGUACUCUGUGCACAGAGGCAGAAGAGGAACUAAGAGAUCUUACAAAUCUGGAAAGGGAGCGCGCGGGAGAGGCGGGUGAUGAAUUUGGUGAUACUCUUUGA